UCUUCUACCAUAACACUAUGAUGAUUCUGAGCUACACAACCCAUGCCAAAAGACAAGACUCGAACCAGAAAAAACUAAAAGGAAAAAGCUAAAAAAACCAUGUCAAAAAGACAAGACUAAAGAACCAUGUCAAAAGACAAGACUAUAGAACCAUGUCAAAAGACAACACUAAUAGAAAACUAAAUUAGUUUCAACACAUAAACACGAUCACAUCAUUAAAAUUAAUUAAGGAAUGAACUAGUUAUAAUUCUAACCCCAUAAAAACAUUAAUUGGAAUUAAACUAAUAAUAGUAAAUUAAUAAAUGAAAAUAAAAAAUCUGAAACUGAGCACAUCGUUGAGUCGAAAUGAACCACUCUCAGACAACUACUUUUGAACCCCUCACAGAAGAAGACGUUGAUGUGAGAAUGAGAAAAACUUUGGCAUCAAUCAAGAAGGUCAAUACAAUAGUCUUCUCCUUUGGUAAUAUUUUGUCCUCAAGUUUAUUUUCUAUACCAUUGCCUCAGCUUACCAAAAAACUCUCAAAUUUAAAUUGUGUGCAUGAAUUCUUGAAUGGGGGAGAUGGUAGAUAGCCGAUAAAACAAAAGAGAGGAAGGAGGCGAUUCAAAUCGUAAUGUAAUUAACAAUGACUCCAGAAUGCCAAUCCUCUAACAAUAAUCUCCUCAACGGCAUCAAAUAAAUAGGUGGAGAGACCCCUUUGCCGAGAGAGAAACUCUGAAGAGGUCGCUAAUAUUCUUUUGCUUAUGCUAUUAGUUUCUCCGAAUGAUUAAUAACACAGGGUUAACAUAGUAAUUUCAUUGCUGCGGUAUUGUUUUUGACUUGAGAUUGAGAAAGUAAGAAGUUCCAACCGUCAAGCGACAGAAGUACAACCGUCCACGAAUAUUAUGUGAGUAAAUGGUAUUAAAAUUAAAUAAAAUAUAAAUUGGAGAUUCAAUCAGAUUCUCAUAAAAUUUAUCAAUUAUUUCCUACACUACACGUCUUCCUUCGAAAACCCACCAAACCAAGCUUUGAAUUUCUAUUACUAUUACACUACAGAUUCCCCUUUGGAUUGGAAUUCAUCCAAGGGAAACAAAGAGAAACAUGAUGAGUAGUAGUAGUAAUCUCAGAACAAUUUGCCGACCUCAUGGCUUCUUCUUCUCCGUCUCCACCUUCAUAGGUUGCAGACACCAAUUUCGAUCUAGGGUUUCCUUUCAAAACCCUAAUAACAACCCUCCCUAUUCUCUACUACCCCCUUCCUCUGCUUCUUCUAUUGCCUCUAAACCCUGGUUUCGUCCCAAUCAGAGGAGGACUUUGGUUAAAGUUGCCAAUUGGAGCGACCACAAAUCUCCUUAUGAAACUCUUGAAUUAGAGAGGGAUGCUGAUGAGGAGCAAAUAAAGGUUUCUUAUAGACGCUUGGCCAAAUUUUACCAUCCUGACGUCUACAAUGGCAGAGGAACACUUGAGGAGGGGGAAACUGCUGAGUCUAGAUUUAUAAAGAUUCAAGCUGCUUAUGAGCUAUUGGUAGAUGAAGAGAAAAGAAUGCAAUAUGAUAAAGAUAACCGAGUUAACCCAAUGAAGGCAUCUCAAGCUUGGAUGGAAUGGCUUAUAAAGAAGAGGAAAGCUUUUGAUCAGCGUGGAGACAUGGCAAUAGCAGCUUGGGCUGAACAGCAACAGCGGGAGUUGAAUCUUCGAGCUCGUCGUCUCUCUCGCUCUAAGGUUGACCCAGAAGAAGAGAAGAGAAUUUUGGCUAGAGAGAAGAAGGCAUCAGCAGAAUAUUACCACAGUACACUUAAGAGGCACACACUUGUUUUAAAGAAAAGAGACUUGAUGCGAAGGAAAGCUGAGGAAGAGAAAAGAAAGGUUAUUAGCCAGCUUUUAGCUUUGGAGGGCCUUGAGCUUGACACAGAUGAUGAAUAGUAUUAUACAACCAUACACAAUGUGGAAUUGUCAUAUAAAUGUAGUUUUCACUGCACACUUCACCAACAAAAGGAAUGGGGGAGAUUGUAAUUAUUUUUAUAAUGAAUUCAAGGAAAAAAGCAUUCUAUUUAUCUUUCUAGUUGUGCCAAUGACACUGAGCUCACUUGUCAUUGCAAAGCACACAACAUUUCGAAUACCAUAAUGUGAAACACAGCAACUUUUUGCA